UGGAAGAAGAAGAAGAAUAUCGUUUUAGUCUUUCUCGGAUAAGCGCGAUACCAGAGGUCUUUUUGAGAGGUCACCCGUUGGAGAAACGAGAAGUGAUUGAAUACAUUGUGGGUAUAUUUUUGGCCGGAGUACGUAUGGUGAAGGGAACACCGAUGCGGAAUCGCAUGUAACUUCGACAUCUGACUUGGUGAAGUAUUCCGACGAGGAAACGGAAACUGAGCGUGUCCUGACCGCUGAGGAAGGCACACAGGCUACCCCGCCCAAGAGGUCGCCUGUAAGAAACAAGAAGCAGCGUUGUACGCCAUGGUGGUUGCUCUUCCUAGUCGCGUGUGCGCUCUGCGUGCUGGGCAUCCUGAUUGUGACAACGGCCCUUAACCCCAUCUCUCCACCCGCAACAGCCUCAACUACGUGCGCAGUUACGCAAAUCUUCACUGGCUACGUAACAACGCAAAUGGGCGAAGAUGCAGGUCUUGCAACCACCACACAAGCCACUGUGACCCCGUCCGAAACGUCGUCGUCCACAGCGUCCUCGUCCACAGCGUCCUCGUCCGAAACGUCGUCACCCGAAACGUCCUCGUCCGAAGCGUCCUCGUCCACAGCGUCCUCGUCCACAUCGUCCCCGUCCACAUCGUCCCCGUCCACAUCGUCCCCGUCCACAUCGUCCCCGUCCACAUCGUCCCCGUCCACAUCGUCCCCGUCCACGUCGUCUCUGUCAACUACCCCGGCAUCCUCUACAAGUACCGCUGGUAACACAAUAUUGUGCAGCGUGCUGAGGAACUCCGAGGGCUGGGUUCCAGCGCAGUGCGACAUCAUUUUCGUCGUUGUGCGAGUGACUGCCGCAGAGGUCAGAUAUGCUGGGCGCAACACCCGUGCAUUUGAGAAAUUGAGACUCAAAUUGAUGGCAUCGAAGAUCACAAAAUUGGGACUGGACUUCCAGUAUUCGAGUAUAACUCAGUCAUCUACACACUUGGCGCGACUGAAUGCCAUGGUUGCAAUGUCCAAGAUGGGAGCGAGGUUGACAGGCGUCCUGGCUGCGCAGGUCGACAAUGUUUGGGACGACACAGAUCGUGCCAUAGUGAGCGUGCUGAAGCCGUUUUCUUCUUCAUCGUCGUCUUUUCAAUUUCAAACCACCAAGUCGAACAGGGGACACUUCUCGGAGCACUAA